AUGGAGACGCUGACGUCAAGACAUGAGGAGCGAGGAGACAAGAAGGAAGACGAUAUGGAAUAUGUUCAAGAAGAAGAACUCCAAGCCCUUUUACACAAAGAGCUCUCCUACUGGAAAAUCUGGGACCAGGUGGCUGGUGAAUUAACGGGCAGUCGGGACCCUCGAGGGAAUCUUCAAGGGAGACACUUCCAGUUUUCAGAAGCUGCUUCUCAGUGUCCAGGGUGGGAAGGCAAAUCUCCUCAAGGCUGUGAAAUUGAGAAUGUGGUAAAUGGUCUUCAAGAGAAUGGCCCCCUCCAUGUUGAAAAUCAUAUGUUUCCCACCUGGAAAGCUGUGAGCCCAGUGCCCGUUCAGCAGUCUUGGACCCUUGUGAAGGAGUCUUGGAAUGUUGAUGGAAGCUGUAAAAAACUAGACAAGGAAGACCCCCUCUAUAAAUGUGAUGGGGGGGAUUAUAGCUUCAGCUGGAUAUCACGUUGCCGUGAUGAUCACAGACUACCUGAAGGAGAGAAAUCCUAUCAGUGUGAUGAGUACAGAAAUGACUACGCUGACAAGGCAACACUUUAUCACCCUAACUCUAGUGCGAAUGGCUUUAGAAGUGAGGAAGGUGGAAAUGGCUUCAGGGAUGCUUCAAACCUUCCCCCUCACCCACAAGUGCACUUAGAAGAGAACCCCUUUGAGUAUAAGGAGGAUGUGAGGCAGAUCACGUAUCCUGACAGAUAUCAGAGUGUCCCCUUAGGAGGGGUACCAUCUACAAGUCUUGAAUGUGGUCAGAACUCCAGACAAACUGUUGAACCUCUUAAAGUCCAUAUAGGAGAGAAAUUCUAUACGUGUGGUGAGUGUGGGAAAGGCUUCUGGCGGAUUUCAGACCUUCAUAGUCACAAGAAGGUCCACACAGGAGAGAGGCCCUACGUGUGUGAUGUGUGUGGUAAAGGCUUUAUUUUCAGCUCUGACCUCCUCAUUCAUCAGAGAGUCCACACAGGGGAGAAGCCAUAUAAAUGUGGUGAGUGUGGCAAAGGCUUCAGUUAUAGCUCAGUCCUUCUCAUCCACCAGAGGGUCCACACAGGCGAGAAACCUUACAAAUGUGAGGAGUGUGGCAAGGGCUUCAGGUGCACCUCAAAUCUUUAUAUCCAUCAGCGAGUCCACACAGGAAAAAAACCCUAUACGUGUGAUGAGUGUGGGAAGGGUUUCAGUUACAGCUCAAAUCUUCGCACCCACAAGAGACUACACACAGGGGAGAAACCCUACACGUGUUUUGAGUGUGGAAAGACCUUCAGGUUCGGCUCGGGUCUCAUGAGCCAUAAAAGAGUACACACCAAAGAGAAACCGUACAGAUGUGAGGUGUGUGGGAAGAGUUACAGCCAGAGCUCCCAUCUCCAAGGCCAUCUGAGGGUCCAUACGGGAGAGAAGCCCUAUCGCUGUGAAGAGUGUGGGAAAUGCUUCAGUCAAAGCUCCUCCCUUCAACUUCAUCAGAGAGUGCACACACGCGAGAGACCCUAUAAGUGUGAGGAGUGUGGGAAAAGCUACAGUCGAAGCUCUUGUCUGCGAAUUCAUCAGCGGGUGCACACUGGAGACAAGCCCUAUAAAUGUGAUGAAUGUGGUAAGGGCUUUCGGCGGACCUCCUCUCUGCACAGCCAUCAUGGAAUCCAUACAGGAAUCCUACACAAGUGA